AUGAGUAGGGUCCUCGAUUCAGAGUGGCAUCACGGCCAGUGGCAGGCAAUGACGCAAGCCGAUCGAAUCUUCCACACCGCCCUGCGAUGGCUGCUCGUGCUGCUCACACCGGUUCUCGACUCAGAGUGGCAUCACGGCCAGUGGCAGGCAAUGACGCAAGCCGAUCGAAUCUUCCACACCGCCCUGCGAUGGUUGCUCGUGCUGCUCAUCGGCACAUGCACCGGCCUCCUCGCUUUUCUUGUGAACCUUGCUGUGGAAGCCAUUGGCGGUGCCAAGUUCGGUCUAGUCUUCUCCCACAUCAAAGGCCAGAACUUUCUAGGAGGCUUCCUGGUGAUGGCAGCUACCAACCUGGGCCUUGUACUCGUUUCAACGUGCCUCUGUAACGGGAUAGCGAUGGAGGCAGUGGGCUCUGGUAUUCCCGAGGUGAAGGGGUACCUGAACGGCGUCAGCACGCCUGCUGUCCUCUCCGCUAAAACCCUUCUCGUUAAGGUGAAGGGGUACCUGAACGGCGUCAGCACACCUGCUGUCCUCUCCGCCAAAACCCUCCUCGUUAAGGCGCUGGGCAGCAUAGCAGCUGUGGCAGGAGGGCUGGCGGUGGGAAAAGAGGGUCCUCUGGUGCACUGUGGGGCAUGCAUCGCCAGCAUCCUGGGCCGUCUCAGCCAUUGGAUCUCCGCCCGCCGCGAUCUCAGCCGUCCGCGCAAGCCGCGGAUCCCGACAGCUAGCUCCAUCGCCUCUUUGGGACUGUUCAAUCACGGGUCAAUCAAGGCUUUAAGGACACCGGUGUGGUUGCACAGCGACAGGGGUUUAAGAGAUUUGGUGACGUGCGGUGCUGCCUCGGGUGUGGCUGCUGCGUUCCUUGCUCCUGUGGGCGGUGUGCUGUUCGCCCUUGAGCAAGUCACCUCCUGCUGGCGCAACUCGCUCAUCUGGCACAUCUUCUUCACUAAUGCUGUCGUGCCCAUGCUGCUCCCAACCUCACCCCACCCGUGUCCUUCUUCAUCAUGUCCUUCCCCCCAUUCCCCCCUCCACACACACAGCUGGCGCAUCUCGCUCAUCGGGCACAUCUUCUGCACUAAUGCUGUCGUGGCAAUGGUUCUCCCGGCCUGGCGUGCUCCCCUGUCAACCUCCCCACCCCCAUCCUCUCGUCUUGUCCCUACCACCUCACACACACAGCUGGCGCAACUCGCUCAUCUGGCGAAUCUUCUUCACCAAUGCGGUGGUAGCCAUGGUUCUCCCAACCUCACCCCAUCAUGUCCUUGUCCCCAUUCCCAUCCCCCCCUCCACACACACAGGUGGCGCAACUCGCUCAUCUGGCGAAUCUUCUUCACCAAUGCGGUGGUAGCCAUGGUUCUCCGAGCCUGCAUCUCCCUGUGCGAGGGCGAUAGGUGCGGCGGCAGCUUCGGGUCCCGAGGCUUCAUUCUGUUCGACCGAAGCAAGUCCCGAACCGACUUUGGGCUGCUGGAGGUGGUGCCGGCUGCCCUGCUAGGGGUUGUGGGAGGGCUGCUUGGCGGCCUGUUCAACCAUCUGAACGUGAAGCUGUGUGCUUACAGGAAGAACAGACUGCACAGGUGA